UUCCCAAACCGUCUGAGAUUCCUUCAGAAAUUGCCGCCAUCCUUCUCUCUCUGACUUUCCACUCCCCCUCUCUCUUUUCCUCUGCUUUUCAUCUCUCUCUCUUUUUUCUCUACUAUAUAUAGUAUAGUCUAAGUGCAACUUACAACAAAGAGAGAGAAAAAAAAAAAAGAGGAGAUGGAGAAAGUAUCAGCUUUCAAUGCAAUGUCGUGCGUUUUAUUCUUAUUUUCAUUAUUCUUCUUCUCCUUGUGGUUCGGGUUCUCGGAGGCGCAGCUUCCGAUUCCUGCGAGGAUCGACGGAUUCGUGUAUAGAAAAGCUCCGGUCUGGGGCCGGUCGGUGGUCGUCGAGGCUUUUCUCGAUCCUCUUUGCCCCGAUAGCCGCGACUCGUGGCCGCCGCUGAAGCAGGCGAUAAGCUACUAUUCCUCCGCCCGCGUCGCCGUCGUCGCCCAUCCCUUUCCUCUUCCUUACCACAGCAACGCGUUUACGGCGUGCCGUUCGCUUCACAUCGCAAACAAGCUAAAUGCAUCCUCAACAUUUCCCUUGCUAGAGCUCUUCUUCAAGUAUCAGGAGAAGUACUACAAUGCACCGACUUACAGACUGUCGAGGGCUUCGAUAACUGGCGAUUUCGUGAAUCUGGCAGCGACUGUCGUCGGUGAAAACUCGCUGCCUGCGCUAAAAUCAGGUUUCAACGAUUCGCAGACUGAUAAUGCCGCGAGAAUUUCCUUCAAGUACGGGUGCUCGCGAGGCGUGACUGGAACUCCUUUCUUCUUUGUCAACGGAAUGCAGCUCCAGGACUCCGGCGAGCCGCUGGAUUACAAGAACUGGAGAAGCAUUCUCGAUCAUUUGUACUAUGCGAUGGUGUCGGUGGGCACUCCGAGCCUGACGUUCAUGGUGGCACUCGACACCGGCAGCGAUCUGUUCUGGCUGCCCUGUGAUUGCAGUAGCUGUGCGCCGACCUCCUCCGCGAGCUAUGGAUUGUCUAGCUUCUAUAGUCCUAAUAUGUCAUUGACAAGCCAAAGGGUGCCUUGUGGCAACGAUUUUUGUGAACAUCAAAAUGAGUGCUCUGAGACAACGCAAUGUCCAUAUAAGAUCACCUAUGUCUCCGCUGGCACCUCGUCUUCCGGUUUUCUUGUUGAGGAUGUUUUGUACUUGACAACAGAGGAUGCUCGUCCUGAAAUUGUUGAGGCACAAAUAGUGUUUGGUUGUGGGCAGGUUCAGACUGGCUCUUUCCUGGAUGCCGCGGCUCCUAAUGGUCUAUUAGGACUGGGUAUGGAAAAGAUAUCAGUCCCCAGCAUUUUAGCAAGCAAAGGCCUCACAUCUGAUUCCUUUUCCAUGUGCUUUGGACAUGAUGGUUUUGGGAGAAUCAGUUUUGGAGACCAAGGCAGCUCAGACCAGGAAGAGACCCCACUUUAUGUUAACCAGUUACACCCCACAUACAACAUCACUAUAACUGGAAUAAGUGUUGAGAACAGCUCUCUGAAUUUGGAUAUCAGUACUUUUUUUGACACAGGAACCUCUUUCACAUACUUGGCAGAUCCAGCUUACUCAUUUUUAACUGAGACUUUCGAUGCACAGGUGCAACUAAACCGAUAUGCUACUGAUUCUAGAAUCCCUUUUGAGUACUGUUAUUCCAUGAGUUCAAAUGAUACCAAAUUUCAUGCUCCUAAUCUUAGUUUCACAACAGAAGGUGGAAGCCUCUUUCCUGUCAGUGAACCAGGUAUUGUCAUCUCCAUACAGCAACAUGAGUACAUUUAUUGUUUGGCCGUUGUGAGGAGCAACAAGUUGAAUAUCAUUGGACAAAAUUUCAUGACUGGUCUUCGUGUCGUCUUUGAUCGAGAAAGAAAGAUACUUGGUUGGAAACCCUUCAACUGCUACGAUGUGGAAGAGUCAAGUUCCCUCACCGUGAAUUCACAUAAUUCUUCUGUUCUCUCUCCUCUACCGAAAAGUUAUACGCCCGAGGCCACAAGGGAGAGCGGAAACGGUACCGAAAUCACUACACAGUUGACACCUUCUCUUAGCCAUUCAUCCCAAUCUCAUCUAAACUGCUUCAAGCCUGCCAUUUUGGCGUAUGCUUUUCUUGCUUUGGCCAUUCUUUGAUCAUUUUCCUUUAAUAACUCAUAUCAGAUUAGUGCGAUAUAGAUAAGAUUAGCCAGAUGCAGUAUCCAAAUUGGCAUUGACACCAUAGAGAAGUAUAUAGCUCUUCGACCCAUGUAAAUUUUUUUUACCUUUAUUGUGCAUAUCCUUCGUUUCUUUCAGAGAUGCCAGUUUUUUAUGGCUCGGUAAAGUUAUUUGGUCUUCUUUUUUUUUUUUUGUGUUGUCCCCAAAUAUAUGAGAAGGAGUGUCGAAUUAUGUACAAGGUUUUGCUUUCUCAGUGACCAUUUCUUUUUUCCCUUUACGGUGUUUACUCCAUUUUGUGGCGUUAUGUGUUGUUUUGUCAUCUGUGGUGAAUAUAACAAGUUUCAAAUUUCUGAGUUCGUGUCCAAUUGUAACAGUUGUAAGUAGUAGUAUUGCUUGUAACAAUUUCUAGUGAUGGCCAGAUUUCAAACUGUUAUUGUCAUGCUGGUUGUGUUUA